CGCUCCUCUCCUCGCUAAUUAUAGUGAACGGUUUCGCAAACCGCGGGCCGAUACGAGCCGGCGAAUAAAUCCUCUUCGACCGGCCUUCGGGCGUAAAUUAAUUGAAAAAGGAAAAAAGAUAAAUACGCCCAAUCGUGUGCGCCCGAUUAACUUUACAAAACAAUUCAAUUUGCUGGUGGAACGGUGCACGGCCAAGAGCAUAAUCUGCAUUUAUCUAAAAGUCGUGCGUUAGCCCCGCGGCUCUGAACUUAUGACCCGUCCGAGGCUGACGGAUCCGCGACCGCUCGCCGGGUGCUUGUGUGGGGCGCUUAGUUCGAACUAGGCUGACUCGGUGACACGUAAACGCGUAGUUAGCACCGAAUUACACGGAUAAUUAGCGAGGAUGUGGCCGGGUGCACUCGCGUUUUUGGCAAUCGGCCUCGCCCUUGCGACCUCCAAGACGGUAGAUUUGUCUUGGCGGCGUCUGAAGAAAGAAGAGUUCUUCCUCACGCUGCAGAACAGCUUCAAUUUACAUGAAGUCACGGAACUGAUUCUACGGGGCAACGAGUUCGACAGUUUUCUUGACUGCUCGACUAAUCUGGACAAUCUGAAGAUCCUGGACCUUUCGCAGAACCAUCUUCAGAGGUUCUUCUUCCUCUGCAAGGAAGAGUACAAUCUGCAAGUCCUGAACGUCAGUCAUAACCGACUUGAGUAUAUCGACGACAAUGCGUUAAACGAUAGGAUCACCAAGCUUCAAGUUUUAGACCUUUCCUGGAACUCCCUCUCCGCGGUGAACAGAACUAUGCUGGAACAUAUGAAGGUAUUAGAUUUCCUGUCGCUGGCGAACAAUCCGAUAGUAUAUGGAAUUCACGAUGACGCCUUUUUAAACCUGGGCGCGUUAAAGCACCUGGACUUAGCAAAUGUCUCGGCCAUAGAAUUUUCUUCCGAGCUGUUCAAGCCUCUGCGCAACUUGGCGACGUUGAACAUUUCCUCAAACCCCAUCGAAACGAUUCCAACGUUACCGACCGGCCUGAAGUAUCUCGACCUCUCGUCCACGAACAUUGUCCGUCCGUCCAACUUGUACCUGCCGAAAUUACAAGUCCUCCUGAUGAAUGCUAUGCCGAACCUGACGUCGCUGUUGCUAAAUGAAUUCGAAAAUCUUACCAGCCUGGUGAGCUUAUCGAUGGCCGAUUGCACGAGGUUCGCGCAGUUCCGAAUAUGGCCGCCGAGGGGUGACCUGUUGCCGCGACUACAGCGCCUCGUGGUGAGGAAUUGCUCGAUCGAAACGUUAAGUGGAGACCUGUGGCCGAUAAUGCAGAAAACGACGUACCUAGAUCUACAGUACAACCCCUGGAAUUGCGACUGCCGCAUGGAGUGGAUUGUUACUCUGAACUUGUCAAGAGACCUCACCCGUGAGAUUAGGUGCAGGACACCCGAGCAGCAUUGCAACAAACGGCUCAUCGAUAUUCCUCGGUACGAAUUACAGUGCGAAUACCUGAGCAACACCUUCCACCUGGCACUUUGGAUCUGCAUUUUAGUAUUAAUCCUUUCCGGCGCCCUGGCCAGCGUGUUUUUCCUCACCAGAGGAACCAUCUGCCAACUGAUCGCCCGGAGCAAGAGUCGCGACACAGUCGCAUACAAGAACGUCGUGGAGUCCUCGAACGACCUGGUCAGAAUACUCUCCGUGGGCGAGAAUCCAGAAGCCGCAGAGGAGUGACUAGAUCGGGUGCUCGAUCCAGAGAGCUACAGAAAAAGAAGGGGACUCGAAUGAUCGAAUCCUAGCUCGCGAAUUAGCAGGACGUCGAGACGACAUCGCCACGUUCGGAACGCGAGAUCGACCGCGUCUCGUCUCCAGCCACCCAUCGAUCCUCCUCGAGUCUCUGAAAACUAGUUCCAGCGAAUUAAUUAACGUUUACCCUAAUCAGUAUCCAUGCCUAUAAAUAACGUCAAGCGGGGGCGCAUUUAAUCCGGCAGACCUAACAAUGUUCAGACGAUAGUUUCGAUCGCCCGCAAACCCGCUCGCAGGAGACAUUGUCAAGUCAAGCCUAAUUAAAAGAAUUAGCUCGCACUCGGAUGUACACUUGGGCCGCGCAAGCUCCGCAAAUCAACUUACCCGCAAGACUCUAUUCGAUUACACUCUGCGUUUCCACCGUACACGAUAAUGGGCUCGGCUCGCACGAGGAAACAUCCGAGAUGUUCGCCAAAGCCGGUUAAUAACUGGAAAUCGGGGAGCACAAUUCGGGGACUUCUUUCUCAUAAUUCUAAAAGCGCACAUCGGUCGAGCGAUUACUUUGACCGGGACAUCCCGUGCAUAAAGGCGGCGCCUCUCUCUCUGUACAAGGCAGAGAAAUCGGAACGAUGCGUCGCGAGUGCAGCAAACCACUCGUAAUCUCGGCCGCAUGCAAAGUGCCGUUCGCUCGAGCUGCGUCCUUUUCCUCGUGGUCAAUUUUUCAUUUUCAACAGCUCCGCGAGCCAAGUAGAAUUUCGCUCCUUGUCGAUGUUCCUCUCGUCCGAUGGGCAGACCGUGCCAUGAAUAAAGGCCAUUACAAGCGUC